AAGCCCGAAUUAAAAAUGCUUAGUAAAAUGGAUGAAGAAAUAAAACAACUCAAGUCUGUGCUGAGGUCCCUGGUGGUCUCUAGUCCCAGUCAAGUAGACGUACGGUCGCUGUUGCGCGAUUAUCGGAACAUGGUUGGCAAGCAAAUACCUCUUGCUAAGUAUGGAUACAAAGAUCCCAUCAUCUUUCUCAAGGACAAAUUUAGUGACUGUUUCUUGUUUCAGGGUCCAGCUGCAAACCCUGAAUUGACAUUAAUUGUUCCGGAUGCAUUAAAACAUAUUGAUAAAUUUGUACAGAAACAGAAGUCCAACCCAACUGUCAAAUUUAAGGGCAAAAGAAGAAGUGUGCCAGAAUCUGUAGUCAAACCAAUUGAACCAAAUUUAAUAGUCACGAGUUAUCAAUCUAAAAAUAUACAAGCCAAGGAACAAAAUGUGGCACAUAAUCAAACCAAAAAUGUCGAAAUUCAAAAAUAUCAUCCUCCACCAACAUCAAAUGCUCCACAGGCUAAUAAAACUGACGAUGGAAAACAAACACUUGAUAAUGGGAAUUGCUCACAAAGUGCAUUGCAGAACUUUCUCAAAAAGAGAACAGCACUUUACAGCUCUCCCUAUGCGAUCAGUGAGCAGUCUACCAAUGAUAAAGAUUCUUUAAAAGAUGACGAUGAUUCAGGAAGACAGACAUCAUCAUCUUCAAGUAGCAGUAAGAGAACACAGCUGGACGAAUUGAAAAGGGAAAUCCGAGAUAUAAUACUUAGUCACCCUGAUGGAGUGUGGUGUACCGAUAUCUUAAGACUCUACAGAGAGCGACACGGGCGCGAGCUGAACUUCUCGCGCUUCGGCUUCACGAGUGUGCUGAGCGUGGCGUGCGCGCUGGCCGACGUCAGCGUGUCGCGGCACCCGGGCGGCGACUGGCUGCUGAGCGACGCGCGCGCCCCCCCCGCGCCGCUGCCCGCCACGUGCGUGCCCGCGCCCCGCGCCUCCCGCGCCGCCGCGGCCCGCGCGGUGACCGACCCCGACGACGCGCUGCCCGGCGUCGCCUUCGAGGCGGAUGUGUUCCCGGAGGACUGCAUGCACUUCCUGGAGAGCAUCCCGUCGGCGUCGCUGGCGGACGUCGUGCCCGGCACAAUGUUGGAGGUGGCCGUCGCCGAAGUGUACUCGCCCUCGCACUUCUGGCUGCUGCGAUUGGGCGAGCGACACAACAUCGCCAUGGAGAACGUGAUGGAUGAAAUGAACGAGUAUUACACUCACGGCGAGGGAAAAAAUCGUACGCUGGCACUGGGUGCGGUGCGCGUGGGCCACUACUGCAGCAGCCGCUACGAAAGCGACUGGCAUCGCUCGCUCAUAGUCAAGAUCAUCGACAGUGACACGGUCAAAGUGCGGCACGUGGACUACGGCACGGUGGACCGCUGCGACGUGCGCGAGCUGCGUCCGCUGCGGCGCCAGUGGGCCGGGCUCGAGGCGCAGGCGCUCCGGGCGCGCCUGGCCGGGGUGCGGCCCCCCGCCGCCGGCCGGCGCUGGCCGCGCCCCGCCGCGCACCACUUCCUGCGCCUCGUGCGCGACCGCCGCCUCGUGGCCAACGUGGUGGCCGUGGACGAGCGCGACGGCGCGCUCGAGGUGCUGCUCAUCGACACGGCGACGCGCGAGGACCGCUGCGUGAGCGCCGAGCUGGUACGCGCCGGCCACGCGGACGCGCGCGCCGACUCCGCGCUGGGGACGUCGGAGUGUUACCUGUACCCUCGGUUCGAGGCGUUGGAGACCGGGGACACGCCCAACUUCGCCGAGAUACACGCCUACCUGCGCGACGGCAUCGCGCUCGAAUUCGUCGACGACUACCGCAGACACGUGCCGCCCUGCCUGCCCGCCCCGCCGCCGCCCGCGCCGACGCCCCCGCCGCCCGCGCCAACUCCCCCGCCGACCGGCCCGCCGCCCGCGCCAACUCCCCCGCCGACCGGCCCGCCGCCCGCGCCUACGCCCCCGCCGACCGCCCCGCCGCCAGCGCCGCGCGCCCCGCCGCCCCGGCCCGCGCGGGGCGCGCCCGCCAGCGCGGUGUCGCUGACGGCGGAGGAGUGUGAGACGUUCGCCCUGCUGAGCUGCGUGAACCCGGGCGCCGCGCACCAGUACAUGCUGCAGGCGCUGUCGCGCGCGAUGGUGGCGCGCUCCAGUCUCAACCCGCACGCGACGGAGUUCCGCAUGGUGACGACGGAGACGCAGACCGGUGUCUCGGGCUCGAUGGAAGCGAUUAGACCUCCGCCUGGCUUCGAGAAAUAUUAACCUCUCGACUUCUCCUCUACGUCACGAUGUUCUCCUAAGUUUCGGUUAAAUCGCUUCGGAAAUUCGUGUCUCACAAGUUGCUUCCAAGAAACGAAAAUUAGUGAAAAAUAGUUGCUAGAAGUUGAGCGAGGAGCCUUUUUAAGGGCAAUGGCAGUGUUCCUUUAAUUUUUUUUUUUAAUAUAAAAUUCUACCUCAGAUUACUCAGUAUUAAGAUAUUUUGAGUUCUAUUUUUAAAAAUAGAUUUGGGUGAAGAUAUCUCAGCUCGUUUGUCAUAUAAUGUUUGUGAUUGUUAUUGACUCACUAGAAUAAUGACCCACGCGUGUGACUUUGGAAGUGAAGCCACAAUGAAAUUUCACUGAGACAUUGUUGUUUGUAAAUGAAAUGUUUAGGAUUAUAAGCUUAAAUGGUACUUUUUUUAUUUCCGUUUAGAAUUUAUCUUCAAUAGAUUUAUUUUUAAAUUAUCCAUUGUUUAUAUCUUGUAAAUUUGUUUGUUUUUAAUACAAGGUUACUGGUACAUUUAGAAUGAAUGUAAAAACAUUGUGUACAAAAUUGUUGCAUAUGAUCUAAUAGAAUCGUAUUUAGCUUCAUUUGUUGACAAAUAUUGAUUUUUUUUUUCGCAUUAAGAAUAACUCAGAGUUGUUUCAAAGUUUAUCAAACUUAAUAUUAAUAAUCGUUGUAAUUAAAUUACAGUAUUUGUGUAAAAUUACUUUGGUGCUCUUAAUAUUUCUUGUGAUAGAUCUGUACGUACUAUGGAUCUAUUGUUAAGCGUAAUGUAUACUGACGAAAACUAAUUGAAGUGAUUCUGUGAUACUAGGAUCAAGUGCUUCUGCGCGAAAUCAUUGUUACAUAUUUUGUGAAUUUUGAAAUAAAACCAA